AUGGAUGUUAUUGGGCCCAUAGAGCCUCCUGCAUCCAAUGGACAUCGUUUUAUCUUGGUCGCUAUUGAUUACUUCACAAAGUGGUUUGAGGCCUCAACACAUAAGGCCUUAACAAAGAAGGUGGUACCAGAUUUUGUUCGCAACAACUUAGUCUGUCGAUUUGGAAUUCCAGAGUCAAUCAUAACAGAUAAUGGAGCCAAUCUUAAUAGUGACCUGAUGAGAGAGAUUUGUGAAAGAACUUCUACUGGGGCAACUCCCUACAUAUUGGUUUAUGGGUCGGAACCUACAGAAGUAGAGAUACAUUCAUUAAGUGUCAUUCAGGAGGUUGGUCUAGAAAACGCUAAAUGGAUUUGUAGCAGGAUCGAGCAGUUGAUGAUCAUUGACGAGAAGAGAUUGGAUGCAGACUGUCAUGGUCAACUCUAUCAAAAUAGAAUGAUCAAGGUGUUCAAUAAGAAAGUCAAGCCUCGUCGAUUCACACCGGGACAAUUAGUAUUGAAGAAGAUAUUCUCUCACCAAGGUGAAGCCAAAGGAAAAUUUAUGCCAAAUUGGCAAGGUCUUACAUAG